AUGUCGGUCAAAGUGGUGCUUUCGGUGCUAUUCGUGAUUGUCACGACGGCAAACGCCAUGGGCCUAUUAGGGCAAUUUCUAAUCGACGUACCGGAACAACGCAAUGACGAGUCUAGUAGAAACUGUUUGUGCAAGGGACAAGCCUGCGUUUGCUGUGUUAAUUUUAAUAUGACAUUCGUUGACGUGGGUGGACCAGGUUGUGUCCACAUGAAAUAUGUUUCGCCAGAUGAAGGGUUCAUGGUUAAGAUAUCUUACGGCAAAAACCUAAUACACAGCAGUAAAAUUCAAGGGAGCAACCCAGAACCGAUUUGUCUCCAAGUAUUCGAUAAAUUAGCAGAAGUCUGCGCUAAAUUUAGUGAGCUGGCACCUACUUCUGAAGGCAUUCGAGGAUGCUUAGAGUUAGAGCCCAGGAUAUUUUUGGUUCCGCAAAUACAGUUUCCGAUUGGCUGUUUCAAAUCAACACCACAAGGAAUGGAGAUGUUGCCUCAACCUGCCGAAAUAGACACGAAUAAGGAAACCGAAGAGGAAGAUGAAGAAACUGAAACAGAAGCGGCUGAAACUGAACAAGAGAGCGUCUAUCAAAACAUCGUACAGACACUCGAAGAUGGAAUCGCUUUCUUAGACACAUUCUUGAAUCCCAACAAAGGGAACAGCACCCCUGCAGCACCAUCUUCUACAGUAAAACCGGAUAACUCCGCUGAAUCUCAAAACAGACAGUCUAAAUACUUUAAGCAUCCAAAUCAACUGUGAUAGAUUUAAAAGAACCUCGUUUUAGUACAAAGGGCAAUUCCUAUGUUCACUUGCCUAUAUUUUUUACGUUUUCAC